AGGCUAAACAGAACAAAACAAAACAAAACAAAAAAGGAAGAAGCAAAAAAAAAUUAGUAUGGAAGGAAGCAACGAAACAUGCGUUUACAAGAAUCCAGACGCGCCAGUGGAGGCGCGUGUAAUGGACCUUCUCUCUCGUAUGACUCUACCGGAAAAGUUCGGCCAGAUGACUCAGAUCGAACGUGUCGUCACUACUCAUCCCGUCAUUACAGAUUACUUCAUCGGUAGUGUACUAAACGGUGGAGGGAGUUGGCCGUUCGAGGACGCCUUGACGUCGGAUUGGGCUGAUAUGAUCGACGGCUACCAAAACGCAGCGUUAGCUACGCGUUUGGGUAUCCCAAUCAUCUAUGGCAUUGACGCCGUCCACGGCAACAACAACGUCUACGAAGCCACCAUCUUUCCCCACAACAUCGGCCUCGGAGCCACCAGAGAUGCAGAUUUGAUCAGAAGAAUCGGAGCUGCAACAGCACUUGAAGUUAGAGCUUGUGGCGCUCAUUGGGCGUUUGCUCCAUGUGUAGCCGCUUUGAGAGAUCCGAGAUGGGGAAGAUCCUAUGAGAGUUACAGUGAAGAUACUGACAUUAUUUGCGAGUUGAGUACUCUUGUCUCUGGCCUACAAGGCGAGCCACCCAAAGAACAUCCCAAUGGUUAUCCAUUUCAUGCAGGAAGGUAUAUUACAUAUAUACUUCUAGCUGGAUUAGUGUCAGUAAUUGGUUUGAAAUCAUUUCUCAAGGAAUUGUUUACNGUGUCGUCACUACUCAUCCCUUCCAAAACUUUUUUGGNAUAUUUGAAUUGUCUUGCUCAGGGAGUCUCUACGGUUAUGGCAUCUUACACUAGUUGGAACGGAAGUAAACUCCAUUCCAACUAUUUCCUCUUAACCGAACUUCUCAAACAGAAACUUGGUUUCAAGGGGUUUAUCAUUUCAGACUGGGAAGCUUUGGAACGGCUUAGUGAGCCAUUCGGUUCAAACUACCGCAACUGCGUCAAAAUCUCAGUUAAUGCUGGAGUCGACAUGGUGAUGGUGCCUUUCCAGUAUCAACAGUUUAUAAAGGACCUCACUGAUCUGGUGGAGUCAGGGGAAGUAACGAUGUCUCGGAUCGAUGACGCUGUUGAGAGAAUACUCAGAGUGAAGUUUGUUGCGGGUCUUUUCGAGCAUCCUCUCACGGACCGCUCUUUAUUGAGUACUGUUGGCUGCAUGGAACAUAGAGAAAUAGCGCGUGAAUCGGUUAGAAAGUCUUUAGUUCUCCUAAAGAAUGGAAAAGAAUCUGAGAAGCCAUUUCUGCCUUUAGAUCGUAAUGCCAAGAGGAUUCUGGUCACUGGAACUCACGCUGACGAUCUUGGAUAUCAGUGCGGAGGAUGGACAAAGGCAUGGUUCGGUCUAAGCGGCAGGAUCACAAUCGGGACAACGCUUUUGGAUGCCAUUAAAGAAGUAGUUGGAAAAAACACCGAAGUGAUUUACGAGAAGACUCCUUCUGAAGAAACCUUAGCCUCGGGUCAAGGCUUCUCCUAUGCCAUUGUUGCGGUGGGGGAACCUCCCUACGCAGAGACAUUGGGAGAUAACUCGGAACUCACAGUGCCCUUAAACGGUAACGACAUUAUAACUGCGGUUGCAGAGAAAAUACCCACUUUAGUGGUCUUGUUUUCUGGACGGCCAUUGGUUCUUGAGCCACUGGUUCUUGAAAAGACUGAGGCUUUGGUUGCUGCUUGGCUUCCUGGAACCGAAGGGAAAGGGAUGACUGAUGUCAUUUUUGGAGAUUAUGACUUCGAGGGGAAGUUACCAGUGAGCUGGUUCAGAAGCGUUGACCAGUUGCCGUUAACCGCUGAUGCCAAUUCGAAUCCAUUGUUUCCACUUGGUUUCGGUCUGAACUACCAUUCGGCCGAGAAUUAAAAUCCGGUCUGUUGAAAUGUGUGCAAGCGUGAAAUUUAUUUGAUAUGAUGGGAGUAUGAGUGGCGUUUGUAAAUUUCUAUUUUAAAAUAAUUCAGAGCAAAUGCAUGGAGUGAUGCUUCUGUCAUUGUCUUUGCUUUCUUGUUCGACAAGAAACUGUUGUACAAAUUUCCUAUUUGUCUUGUUUUUUUCCUUUGCAAUAAAUGGACACUGGAUUUACGGGUA